AUGGCGAGUCGGAAGGUGGUGCGGCGAAUGGCUAUGGCGGUGGCGGUGUGGAUGGGGCUUGCGGGCGUGCUGGCGGGGCUGGUGGCGUGGAGGGUGCAGAAGGGCUUCGACGACAAUCGCAAGGCGGAGCUCGACACCUGGUGCGCCGGUCGCGCGCGCUCGCUGCAGCAGCAGUUCAUGCUCACCGCCGACCACGUGCAGGUAGACCGCCGACCACGUGCGGGUAGUAUUAUUAGGCGAGACAUUCACGUGCAGGCCAGGCUGUUAGGCGAGAAAUGUGUUACUUUGCCAAUGCGCGACAUCAUGUCGAAAGAAGCGAUUCCCUUCAACCACGCGGCGGGGAAUGGACGGAAGUGUUCGUCCGUCCGUGUGCCAUCGGCCGGCGGCGGCCGCUUUGACUGCUCUGUGGCGUCGGGCUUAGCGUCGUCGGCGGCGGACAAUCGCGGCGGAACGGUGCUGGCGGGGCUUGCAACAGUGUUUGGCCAUGUGCGGCAGAACCCCUGGGCGGUGGGCAGCUGUCUCACGCAGCGGCGCUUCGUGCACCUCGUGGAGCGCACCGUGGCGGCACAGCCAUGGGUGCAUGCCGUGGGGUACAUGGCCGUCAUCAACGGCUCCGAUAGGGCGGCCUUUGAGAGGGCGGCGAAGUGCAAGCUACUAGACAUUCUCGGCAAGCCGGCCCCGGAGGCAGACUGGUACAUGAACUCGCGCGUGUGGUUCCAGGAGAACCCGCCAAUUCCGCUGCUCAAGAUGACAUCCACGUGUGUCAACGUGCGCACGCACCCCUCGUACGGCCCUCAGCUAGCGCGCAUGCACCAACUGCCCGCCAAUCUGCUCAACAUGCCCUACGUGCUCGACAAUGGCGAGGCUGGCAUGGAUUCCUGUCUCUUCUCCCCACAUUCUCCGUCUGCUAAUUCCUUCCCUUUGUGUCUCUCCCUCACUCACAUUCUUGCCCCGCCCCCUCUCCCUUCCCUUGCCAACAUGCGGGCAGGCAUGGGGUUUCCGAUCUUCAGGGACGGCGUGACGACCUCCUCUCCUCUGGAGGAGAGGCGGGCGGCGCUGGUGGGGCUGAUAGCGGCGUCCAUCGACUUCAAGAGCCUCGCCGCCUUCAUCAUCAGCGAAGUGCUCCGCCAAGGCGCGGACUAUUCUCUGGAGGUGUAUGACGUCACCCCCACGGAUAUCCUCCCCAACUCCUCCACCCCGCUGGGUCCCCGCCUGUUGUACGGGGUGGGUGACUUGCCUCAAGGCGACCCCAUGCAAGUGGCCAAGCUCAUUCCGCCUUCCAACGAAACCAUGCUACAGCCACAGCGUUACAAGUCGGUGCAGCAAAUCAACCUAACUGAUACAUCAAGAUCGUAUCAGCUUUGGUGCCGCUUCAGCGGUGCCGAUGAGGUCGUCAGCUGGACGUCUGUUCUGCUGGCGGUGGUGAUCGUGGUGGUGGCGGCGCUGCUGGCGGGUGUCGGUGUGAGCGUGGCGUGCAACACGCGCGGCGUGCGGGAGAAGGUGGCGGCGCUGGCGAUGCUCAAGGAGAGAACGCAGGCGGCGGAGCGAAACAAGAGUGUCUUCAUCGCCAACACCGCGCAUGAGCUGCGCACCCCCAUCAUCGGCCUCAAGGGUGCAUUGGGGGGAAUGGGGCGAGUGGGGAGUGUGGCAUUAUCGUGGCACUGUGCAAGGCAUGUUGGAGGAGCUGGCGGAGCUUUCUCCUCCCCUCCCCCGGAGACACCCCUUUCACUGGUUCUCUGUGUGCCCCUCUCCCCUCUCCCCACAGGCAUGUUGGAGGAGCUGGCGGAGGGGGAGGUGGACGGGGGGCAGAGGGAGGACGUGGGGACGGCGGUGGGCGAGGUGGAGCGCAUCGUGGCGCUCAUCAACGUCGUGCUCGACGUCUCCAAGGCCGAGGCCGGCCGCCUCACCAUGGAACACCUGCCCUUCCACACGCGCUCCUGGCUCAAGGACGCACUGCACUCCCAUGCCUGCGCCGCCCACGCUCGCAACCUCAAUUUCACUUGCCGUGUGGAUACGGGUGUGCCAGAGGUGUUGGAGGGGGACUACAUGCGCCUGCAGCAAGUGGUGGACAGCAUUGUUGGUGAGCCACCUGGGUUGAACGGGUUGUCUGGUGCAUCGUGGACUCUACCCCUUUCUGGUUUCAAAUCCAUCAUAGUGGUGGACAGCAUCGUUGACAACGCCAUCAAGUUCACGAGCAGUGGAGGCGUGUGUGUGCGGCUGCAAUGUCUUCCCCCCGACACCCACAUCCCCACCCACCUGCUCUCCCUCGGCUGCCUCGUUGCUGAAGCCACCCCCUGCCGCCCCCCUGCCGCCGCUGCUGAUUCUGCUGAUGCUGAUGCCAGUGUGGGGGUGGCACCAGGGCCGGUGUCUUGGAGGGAGCAGGUGGAGCAGCGGGGGCUGCUGUGGGCUGUGAUGGGCAGCUGGGAUCCGCAGCCGCUGCGCAACCAGCUGGCCUCUCUCAGCGCUCGCUUCUCCAUGAGCCCCUGGCGCACACCUCUGGGCGAAGGGAUGGACCUGGGUGAAGAGGUCGCGGAACACGGGAGAGGUGAGGACAUGGGCGCAGCAGUGCGGGCAGUCGGUGGUGGGGAUACGACAGGAGGAACAUGUGGUGUGCAGCAAGGGUGGAAGGGGAGUGGUGGGAGGAAGAAGGACGGAGAGCGUCGCGUUGGUUGUAGAGGAGGGAGUGCAGCAGCAGCAGGUGGCGGCACAGACUCAUGGAAGGAGAGAGUGGGGAGGUGGUGGCAGGGGCCUGCUGAAGAGGAGAGCACAGUGCCGGUGAGGGAUGCUGACAGGCGCUGUGUGGUGCUGCUGACGUGUGAGGACACGGGGUGUGGCAUCGCAGAGGAGGAGCAGCGCGACGUGUUUCAGGCGUUCAUGCAGGCACACCAGAAGAGACAUGCACAUGGCGGCAGUGGCAUGAGCCUUCACUUAUCUCGCCAGCUGGUGUCCCUCUUGGGCGGCAGCAUGGGUCUGCUCAGCACAGAGGGCAUCGGCACCACUCUGCACGUCGCAGUGCCCCUUGCUGCCACGUCAUCUCCUCCACCUUCUGCUGCUUCUGCUGCUGCUGCUUCUCGUUCCCCUGCUGCCGAUGCCGCUGCUGAUUCUGCUCCAGCUGCUGGUUGUGGUGCUGACGGGGAGGGCGGGUGCAGCCCCAGUGCCAGAGUGGGCAACAGAAGCUUGAGUGCGAGCGAGGGGCUGGGAUGUGGAGAGGCGGAGGGCACAGGCGCAGUGGAGGGCGGGGUUAAGAAGGUUGUGAGCACCAAGGAGGCUCUCAAGGAGAUGCUUCAGGGCAUGGCGAUCCUGGUGGUGGACGACAACUUGAUCAACCGGCGGGUGGCGGCGAGCACGCUGGCGCGGUACGGGGCGGAGGUGGCGCUGGCAGAGUCGGGCGAGGCGGCACUGCGCCUGCUGCAGGCGCGCCACUCCUUCCGCCUCGUGCUCAUGGACCUCCACAUGCCGGGCCUUGACGGCUUUCAAACUACCGCCCGCCUGCGCGCCUUUGAGGCCGCUGCUCUGAUGGCCCGGGGAGACCAAGGAGAACAGGGGUUGCAGCGCAUGCCAGUGGUGGUGGAGAGUGGGGCAGAGGGUGGGGACGGGGAGGGGGGCUGGCAGCCGCAGCAGCGCGUUCAUGUGGUGGCCAUGUCAGCAGAUGUGGACAGCAGCGUUGCUGCCCUUGCCACAGAGGCAGGCAUGGAUGGUGCUGUGCAGAAGCCACUCAAUGAGAGGAUGCUGCUGCAGGUGCUCUCAACAUUGUUUGUGAAGAGACGGAGGUACAGAACCCACUCGAUGUACUAA